AUGAAUGGCAACUUUUGGGUGAAAAACCUGAAGCAUAGGGCCUCUGGCAGUAGCCGGGAGGCCAGAAUGCGCACCCCCUCCCCGCAGGAUGGCAGCAGCCCUCCCAAGCCCCAUUCUGAACCUCCACAUUCACUACAACCUGAGUGGCAAGAUGCAGUCAGCAAGAAGACCUUCCCGGCAGUCAGCCCCACCACCAGGGAGGUCAUUGGCCACGUGGCUGAAGGGGACCAGGUUGAUGUGGAUCGGGCAGUGAAAGCAGCCCGCGAGGCUUUCUGCCUAGGGUCUCCAUGGCGCUGGAUGGAUACCUCAGAGCGGGGUCAGCUACUGAACAACCUGGUCAACCUCGUGAAGCGGGAUAGUGUCUACUUGGCCUCACUGGAGACCCUGGACAGUGGGAAGCCUUUCCAGGAAUCUUAUGUCUUGGACCUGGAUGAGGUCAUCAAGGUUUAACGGUACUUUGCCGGCUGGGCGGACAAGUGGCAUGGCAAGACCAUUCCCAUGGACUGCGAGCAUUUCUGCUUCACCGAGCAUGAGCCCAUUGGCGCCUGUGGCCAGAUAAUCCCAUGGAACUUCCCCUUGGUCAUGCAGGGCUGGAAGCUCACCCCGGCAAUUGCCAUGGGCAACAUUGUGGUCAUGAAAGUCGCAGAGCAGAUCCUGCUUUCUGUCCUGUACUUGGCCUCCCUCAUCAAAGAGGCAGGCUUUCCCCCUAGGGUGGUGAACAUCAUCACAGGCUACGGCCUGACAGCAGGAGUGGCCAUCACCCAGCAUGUGGAUGUUGACAAAGUUGCCUUCACCAGCUCCACCAAGGUGGGCCACCUGGUCCAGAAAGCCACUGGUGAUUCCAACCUCAAGAGAAUCACCCUGGAGCUGGGUGGGAAGAGCCCCAGCAUCAAGUUGGCCGAUGCCGACAUGGACCAUGCCAUGCAGCAGUGCCACAAAGCCCUGUUCUUCAACAUGGGACAUUGCUGCUGUGCAGGUUCCUGGACCUUCAUGGAGGAAUCCAUCUAUGACAAGUUUCUCGAGAGAACCGUGGAGAAAGCUAAGCAGAGGAAAGUCGGGAACUCCUUUGAGCUGGACGUCCAGCAGGGACCCCAGGUGGAUAAGAAGCAGUUUGAACGAAUCCUGGGCUACAUCCAACUUGGCCAGAAGGAGGGGGCAAAACUGCUCUGCGGCGGGGAGCGUUUCAGAGAGCGCAGCUUCUUCAUCAAGCCCACGGUCUUUGGUGGUGUGCAGGAUGACAUGAGGAUUACCGAGGAAGAGAUCUUCAGGCCUGUGCAGCCCCUGUUCAAGUUCAAGAAGAUUGAGGAGGUGAUUGAGAGGGCCAACAACACCAGGUAUGGCUUGGCUGCCGCAGUGUUUACCCAGGACUGGGAUAAAGCCAUGUACUUCACACAGGCAUUCCAAGCUGGGACAGUGUGGGUAAACACCGACAACAUUGUCACCUGCCACGUGCCAUUCGGAGGCUUUAAGGAAUCUGGCAAUGGGAGGGAGCUGGGGGAGGAUGGGCUUAAGGCCUACACAGAGGUGAAGACAGUUGCCGUCAAAGUUCCUUAG